AUGUUUGGAAAGGCCUUUCCUUUUCUACAGUCCGCUGGAGGCUUCUAUCCCCGGGAAGCUGUCGACUCCCGCCGACCCGGUACAUAUACUAGCAAAGUGCGAGUGCGCGACCGGUAUCAUAUCGUAGGGUUCAUCAGCAGCGGUACCUAUGGCCGGGUAUAUAAGGCCAUUGGCAAAAAUGGCCAAAAGGGCGAGUUCGCUAUAAAAAAGUUCAAACCCGACAAAGAAGGCGAAUCAAUCCAAUACACAGGCCUCUCCCAAUCCGCCAUCCGCGAAAUGGCCCUCUGCACAGAACUCUCCCACGCAAACGUUGUCCAGCUCGAAGAAAUCAUCCUCGAAGAUAAAUGCAUCUUCAUGGUCUUCGAAUACACCGAGCACGACCUCCUCCAAAUAAUCCACCAUCACACUCAACCCCAACGUCACGCCAUCCGCGCGGGCAUGGUCCGUUCCAUCCUCUUCCAGCUUCUGAACGGCCUCCUCUACCUGCAUACAAACUGGGUACUGCACCGCGAUCUGAAACCGGCCAACAUCCUCGUCACCUCCAGUGGCGCCAUCCGCAUCGGCGACCUAGGCUUAGCCCGCCUCUUCUACAAACCCCUCAACUCGCUCUUCUCCGGCGACAAAGUCGUCGUGACAAUUUGGUACCGUGCCCCAGAGCUCCUCCUCGGCAGCCGCCACUACACACCGGCCGUGGAUAUGUGGGCCGUCGGCUGCAUCUUUGCCGAACUGCUCUCUCUACGCCCGAUCUUCAAAGGCGAAGAAGCCAAAAUGGACAGCAAGAAAACCGUUCCCUUCCAGCGCAACCAGAUGAUGAAGAUCGUCGAGAUCCUCGGCCUCCCGCGCAAGGAAACCUGGCCGGGCCUCGUUUCCAUGCCCGAGUAUUCGCAGCUGCAGUCGCUCGUGCUGCACCGUCAGCCGGCACAUUUCCACCGCAGCGGCGCCAACCUCGAGGGAUGGUACCAGACAUGUCUGAAGAACGGGGGGUACUCGGCUGCGUCUGAGAACGGGACGCCCGGGGCGGAUGGGUUUGAUCUGUUGUCGAGGAUGCUGGAGUACGAUCCUGCAAAGCGAAUUACGGCGCAGGAGGCGCUGGAGCAUCCGUACUUUACCAACGGGGGACCUAUCAGUGGGAAUUGCUUCGAGGGGAUUGAGAGCAGGUAUCCCCAUCGGCGCGUCACGCAGGAUGAUAAUGAUAUACGGACGGGUAGUCUGCCGGGGACAAAGAGGAGUGGAUUGCCUGAUGAUUCGCUGAUGAGAGCGAAUAAGCGGCUUAAAGAGUAG